UUUCUCUCGACUUUUACCCAACUCCACCGAGAGAAUCCCAUUCCCUUCCCUAGGGUUAGGGUUCGCCAUCGACUUCCAGUCCUUCUCCAUUGCUUGGAUGAUCUCUCUUUGAUUCUUUCAAUUCUGCGGUCACUUCGCACAAGGUUUCUACUUUGGUGCACAGUUAUUUAAUUAAUUAUUUUGAAAAUCUUUAAAGAAUAACAAUGUCUACAAGGAAUCGUGGUCCACUUCCAAUGAAAGGAGUUUCUCACGAACCUCCAUUUGGAAGAGGGGUUGGUCCAAUACCCCAUCCUGCAUUGUAUGAGGAAAUGAGAGAAUCCCAGUUCCGGAGGGUUCCCCGACCUCUCCCUCCUCACCCCGCAAUAAUUGAGGAACAUCUUGCGGCUCAGCAUCAAGAUAUUCAAGGUCUUCUCGUUGACAACCAAAGGCUUGCCGCAACUCAUGUUGCUCUUAAGCAGGAAUUGGAAGCUGCCCAGCAUGAGUUGCAACGCAUGGCUCAUUUUGCAGACUCGGUGCGGGCAGAGAAAGAUGUACAAAUGAGAGAUUUGUAUGAAAAGUCUGUACGCUUGGAAGUGGAUCUUCGAGGGGUGGAGGCAACGCGGGCUGAGCUGCAUCAAGUUCAUGCUGAUAUUAAGGAGCUCACUGCUACGAGGCAGGAUCUUACAGGAAACGUACAAGGGAUGUCUCAAGAUUUGGCCAGGAUUACUGCAGAUUUGCAGCAGGCUCCAGCUAUGAGGGCAGAAAUUGAAGCUAUGAAACAAGAACUGCAACGUGCUAGAGCUGCCAUUGAGUAUGAGAAGAAAGGAUAUGCGGAGAAUUAUGAACACGGUCAGGUGAUGGAGAAGAAAUUGAUCUCAAUGGCUAGGGAGUUGGAGAAACUUCGUGCAGAAAUGGCUAAUGCUGAGAAGAGAGCACGUGCUGCUGUUACUGUUGGGAAUCCUGGUUAUACUGCAAAUUAUGGAAACCCUGAAGCCACAGGAUAUGCAGGAAGCCAUUAUCCUGUCAACUAUGGCAUUAAUCCUGUGCAAAGUGGUGUUGAAAAUUUUCCACCAUAUGGGGCUGUACCUGGUUCCUGGGGUGCAUAUGAUAUGCAACGGGCUCAAGGACACAUGAAUUAGCUUUCCUUAUUAUGCGCAUGCGCUGUAUUCUAUCGGCUAUUUUGGGCUGCAACUCAUUAUUCUAUCGGGUAUUUUGGGCUGCAACUUAUUAGAUAUUUAGGUUUAUGUUUGAAGGUUAUCUCAUAAUAGACAUUUUGGGACAUAUGCCUUUAUCUCGAGUUUGAAGCUGUAUUUCUAUGUCUCUAUUAUAAUAGCUUUGAUGGUUCAAUAUAAUA